AUGGACGCCACCUACACAAUGGCCCAAACCGGCCAACCAUCGUUUGCAUACUAUGCGGAUUCGCAACAAAGACAACAUUUCACCAGUCACCCCUCGGAGAUGCAGUCAUACUACGGCCAGAUGCAGGCGUUCCAACCGCAACCACAGCACUGCAUGCCCGAGCAGCAGGCCCUCUACGGGCAGCCGCUCAUGAACAUGCACCAGAUGGCCACCACCAAUGCCUUCCGCGGUGCCAUGAACAUGACUCCCAUUGCCUCUCCCCAACCGUCACAUCUCAAGCCCACCAUCGUGGUGCAGCAGGGCUCGCCCGCCCUGAUGCCGCUGGACACGCGGUUUGUUGGUAACGACUACUACUCCUUCCCCUCCACCCCACCGCUCUCCACCGCCGGAAGCUCCAUCAGCAGCCCGCCGUCGACCAGCGGCAGCCUUCACACUCCGCUCCAUGACAGCUUCUUCGCAUUUGAAAAGGUGGAGGGGGUCAAGGAGGGAUGCGAGGGUGACGUGCAUGCAGAGAUCCUGGCCAACGCCGACUGGACUCGGUCCGAUUCGCCGCCUCUGACACCAGUGUUCAUCCACCCGCCCUCUCUCACCGCCAGCCAGACCUCGGAGCUCCUGUCUGCCCAUAGCUCCUGCUCAUCCCUUUCUCCGUCGCCAUCCCCUGUCUCGUCCACCCUGAUCGCCCCGUCCCACGCCGCUCUUCCCCUGGAGCAGUCCAGCUCCGACUUCUGCGACCCGCGCCAGCUCACUGUGGAGUCUUCCAUCCACGCCGCCCCUGCCGACCUCCCGCCAUUGCCCACUCUGUCGUGCGAUGACGAGGAGCCUAAGGUCGUUUUGGGCAGUGAGGCCGUGACCCUGCCAGUUCAUGACAGCACCUCCCCUGCCUUCAGCUGCUCCAGCGAGGACCCCCUCAGCAGCCUGCCCACCUUCGACAGCUUCUCCGACCUCGACUCGGAGGACGAGUUUGUCAACCGCCUGGUCGACUUCCACCCCAGCGGCAACGCCUUUUAUCCGGGUGAGAAGCGGCAGCGCGUCUCCACCUACUCGUUCGACGAGGAGGAGUUCUUCAGCGAGCAGAGCUUUGACGAUUCGGACGACCAGGAUCUGUCGCAGUCCGGUCUUCCCUUCCUGGGAGGGCCCGAUUUCACGGGUCUUCAGGGCAACCUCAAUGAAGCCGCGGAGGAGAUGAGAAGCAAGAAGCGGAGCAACGCCCGCAAGUCGCUCAACCGGGCUGGUUCCGAGAGCGACUUCGAGGAGCUCGACACCAAGGCACACAUCUCGGUCAACCGGGCCAGCAUCAGCGAGAGCAGCUCGGCCACCCAGGUCCCUGCCCAGCACCGUCACAACUCGGAUGCGUCCAGCUGCUCCGAGACUCCCUCGGCACCGGUCUCCGUCAACCGCCGCGGUCGUAAGCAGUCCCUGACGGACGACCCGUCGAAGACCUUCGUGUGCACGCUCUGCUCGCGUCGCUUCCGUCGCCAGGAGCACCUCAAGCGUCACUACCGGUCUCUGCACACUCAGGACAAACCCUUCGAGUGCAACGAGUGCGGCAAGAAGUUCUCACGCAGUGACAACCUCGCCCAGCAUGCCCGGACGCACGCCGGCGGAUCUGUCGUGAUGGGUGUCCUCGACACCAGCACAGGGUCCCCGCCCACGCCGUACGACGACCGCGACCCCAACGCGCUGGGCGCGGUUCUGUACGAGGCUGCCAACGCGGCCGCGACCAAGUCCACGACCAGCGAGUCCUCGGAGGAGAGUGCCUCGGACGCGCCCGCCGUCGACCGACGGGCGCCGAAGAAGCGCAAGCGUGAGGGCGACGCCUAG